GUGUGCAAGCCGGGAUAAGGGUACCCCCACACAUUAUUAUUUUUUACCUCUUUAAAAUAUAACGAAUAAACAAUGUUGUCUAGUUUAAGUAAGCGAUCCUUACAAGUAGCACGUUGUGCUUCUAGAGCCAAUGUUACACGUCAAGCUUCAACCAACGCUCCUAAACACACAGCCUAUGAAGAAGCUCUUCAAUUGAUUCAACUCGACAAAAAGGAAAGAUUAAACAUGUUGAGUCGUAUUGAAAAGGAAAUUAGCCGUGUCGCCAGCACUUCUACUCCUGCUCAAUUAAAGGCUCUUGAUGCUUUAAAGUUUGACUUGCAAGUAAAGGCCGAAUUAAACGAACCUGAAGUUCAAAAGAACUUUAAGCUUGGCAACAUUGACAUGUCUAAGCCAGUUUACCGUUACAUGUGUCAAAAGCAAUUCGAAAAGGCACCCAAGAGUAAAUUAAUGGAACGUUUGACUCAAAUGAAUGUUAUUCCCGAUCUUUUAGCUCCUGGUAUGAAUCCUGUUGUUGAAGUAGCUGUCAAGUUGGCUGAAGGACCAAUUGAACCUGGUGUAUUUUUGAAGCCUGAACAGAGUAUUGAACGUCCUCAAAUUGAUAUCACCAACUUCCAUACUGAAUCACGAUUAUACACAUUGAUGAUGGUGGAUCCAGACGCACCUGAUGUCGAAAACCAAACCUAUCAACAAUACUGUCAUUGGUUAGUAUCCAACGUACCUUUAUCAGCCACUUCUCCUACUGUCAAUGGAGGUGAUUCUGUCUUGGACUAUGUUCCUCCUCAUCCUCAAAAGGGUACCAAAUAUCAUCGUUACACUUUAAUGGCAUUCGAACAACCCAAUGAAGGUCAAGAGAAGGUUGAUAUUAAGGUUGAAGGUAGAGGUAACUUUGAUGUAAAGAACUUGGCUAAGGCUCAUGGAUUAAAUGUCACUGGUGCCACCUUCUUCCGUGGUGAAUGGGAUGAAACUGUCAGUAAGAUCUAUAGCGAAAUUCUUAAAUCAAAUGAGCCCAACUAUGGUAAACCUCCCAAGGUUCAACGUUAUAUUCAAAGAACCGUGUAUUAUUAGACUUUUUUUUUUCUUUUCUUCUUUUCCCCCUCAUUUAUACAUAAAAAUAAAAAAAAUAUUUAAUUUUAUUAACCCAGCACCCCUUGUCAAAUACCAAUGUUGAUUGCAACAAGAGCCCAUUCAUUGUUAAAAGCCACUAUUUGUAAACGCUUUAUAGCCACUGAAGCAAUUACCAACGACGAUGUUAUUCACAG